UGAAACAUUCAUAGUAUUACUGGUAAUUCCUGGGCUAAGAGCAGCAAAUGAUCUAAAUAUUUACAAACAACCGAAGAAUUUCUUUGAAGGAAAAUAUCAGAAUGUCAAUAAAAACCAAUACGAGCAAUACAAAAUUGAAAUAGAAUUAUCAAAAAAUAUAGAUCCUGAUGCAAAAACUAUAGUAAAAGUGGAAGGUGGUGUGGCUGAAGUGUUUCUGAAGAAAACUUUAUUUGAAAG